GUCUCUGUUUACUGCAGCAAAGCCAGUCAAAACCACAAGCCAAAAUGGUGUCCACUGUAGCCCGAGUUCUGGUUCUGGUUGCGGCAGUCCUGCUGGUUUGCUCUCUCGCCGAGGCUACCUAUCGCAAGCCCCCCUUCAACGGCAGCAUCUUCGGCAAACGCGCCAACCAAGCAGAAUACGAGCAAGCCGCCAGUGCCACCAAAGCUCUCUCCUCUCUGUGCGAGGUUGUAGCUGAGUCUUGCGCCACCUGGUUCCCCAACUCUGAGACCAAUGUCUAAAAUGUUUAAUGCCAGGGAGCGAACCGAGGAAGUGUUGGCCAGAAUCUCAACUGUAUUCCCAUAAUGUACCUUAUGUAAUGUAAUGUAAUAUGUGUUUAUUCCCAUGAAUAAACUUUGCAAAAAAUAACUUUUUAUA